GCAAGAGGAAAUAUUAGAGCCAAGAUGGCGGCGCUUUUCAAAGCACGGAAAGCUCUGGUCAUGGUAGCGGGUCAUGGUGCUCGUUGUUUGACCCAGCUUGCAGAGUUGCCAGAAUUGCAUCAAAUGAUGAGACAGACAUGUAGAGACUAUGCUCAAAAGGAACUUGUGCCAAUCGCUGCCCAGCUGGAUAAAGAUCACAUGUUCCCAGCCAAGCAGGUACUAGAGCUUGGCGCGAUGGGGGUCAUGGCUGUAGAGGUACCAGAGAAUCUGGGUGGAGCUGGGAUGGAUUAUCUCGCAUACAGUCUCGCCGUGGAAGAGCUCAGCAGAGGAUGUGCCUCAACUGGAGUCAUCGUCAGUGUGAAUAAUUCACUGUAUCUGGGUCCGAUUAUGAAGUUUGGCACAGAGGAACAGAAAAAGCAAUGGAUUACACCCUUCACCACGGGGGAAAAAGUGGGAUGUUUUGCUCUGAGUGAGCCAGGAAACGGCAGUGAUGCAGGUGCCGCAUCAACAUUGGCGCGGAAGGAGGGAGACGAGUGGGUUCUGAAUGGAACCAAGGCCUGGAUAACCAACUGCUGGGAUGCUUCGGCCACGGUUGUAUUUGCUACAACAGACAAGAGCCUAAAGCACAAGGGAAUUAGUGCGUUCCUGGUGCCGAUGCCUCAUCCGGGGUUGUCUUUAGGGAAGAAAGAGGACAAACUGGGAAUUCGGGCUUCAUCCACUGCCAAUAUCAUUCUGGAAGACUGUCGUAUCCCACUCGGCAACAUGCUGGGAGAAAGGGGAAUGGGCUUCAAGAUUGCAAUGCAAACUCUGGACAGUGGGCGGAUCGGUAUAGCAGCACAGGCUCUUGGGAUUGCACAGGCGGCGCUGGACUGUGCUGCUGAUUACGCUCAUAAGAGAACAGCUUUCGGUGCUCCGAUUGGGAAACUGCAGGCAAUACAGUUCAAAUUAGCAGACAUGGCUGUAGCUAUAGAGAGCGCUCGGCUUCUCACCUGGAAAGCUGCAAUUCUGCGGGACGCAAAGAAACCUUUUAUGAAGGAAGCUGCAAUGGCAAAACUUGCUGCAUCUGAGGCUGCAACAUUUGUCUCUCAUCAGGCCAUCCAGGUGCUGGGCGGAAUGGGUUACGUAACAGACAUGCCUGCUGAGAGACACUACCGAGAUGCCCGCAUCACAGAAAUCUACGAAGGCACCAGCGAGAUCCAGAGAUUAGUCAUUGCAAACAACAUUCUUAAAGAAUAUCAACAGUAGGAGCUGAAGUUCAUGUAAACAAUGCUGUUACGUCUUUGUGCCUGGAAUCUCUGAUCUGAUCUGAUCAGCUACAGACCACCGAACUAUGAAGAUAUAGCCUUGGAAAUUUGUUGAUCCUUGAGACUGGCUGAUUGCAAUUUCUUAUUUAUACCACAAGAGUGCAGUAGAGUGCCUGAAACUUUGCCUUUGGUUGCAUUAGGGUGCCACUGAAAUAAAAACCUCAGGAUUUUGAGGAAAACUAACAAACGUAAAUCUUGCUGAUUACAUUGGGAAUGUAAAAUGCAUAUUUGAUUGUACAUAAACAAUGUGUAUUUGUAUCAUUUAACAUUUUAAUAAAAAAAUUU